GGUGGCGAAGAGACGUGAUGCUUGUAAAGCUCUACAACGGGGUGUCGCAGGAGGCGCUGAAGGGGCUGAGAGAGAUGAACCUCUCCUCCUCCUCCUCCUUCUCCAUUGGCUCCGAUCCCAACGCCUCCAACUGGUCUCAGCUCCCUACUCAGAGCUACACCCCUGGCAUGUAAGUCAUCAGUUGCAACGUAGUGGAGGUGAUGAGCGAAUAGAACAUGUCAAGCAGUAAAACUUGAUGAGC